CCCAUUAUGGCGGAGGGGCCAGCCGUGCGGAUGGACUGUCUCUCCCACUCUGAUGCUUGUUUUGUGUCUUGAGGGAGGACGUUUUAUUUUUAUUUUUUUAACACGUACCCGCGACGGCCCGGCUCCUUUUCAACCAGACAGCACUCGUGUUUAUCGGCGAAGUCAUGGCAGACCGCGGCGUGGAUUUGUCCGCCCUGCCAAAAGAGGUUAGAGACCAAUUGGCGGAGUUGGAUCUGGAGCUGUCUGAAGGUGACAUCACGCAGAAGGGCUAUGAGAAGAAGAGAGCCAAGCUGCUGGCCUCCUACAUCCCCCGUUUGCCAAAUGUGGAUCUGUCUUUGCCAGAUGUACAGCUUUCCCCGGGUCACAGUGCAGACCCCAGCCCGAGUCCUGAGGCUCCGGGCCCCUCCACAUCUUCAGCCUCCAGACACCACCGCGCACACCGCAGUGGAGGGGCCAGGGACGAGCGCUACAGAUCAGACAUCCACACAGAGGCUGUUCAGGCAGCACUGGCCAAACACAAGGAGGAGAAGAUGGCACUGCCCAUGCCAACCAAGAGACGCUCAGCCUUUGUCCAGUCUCCCAUAGAUACCUGCACACCCCCAGACACAUCUUCUGCAUCAGAGGAUGAGGGCUCACUGCGCAGAAAGGCAGCUCUCAGUGCAGUGUUAGCCCAGAGCCUGCAGAGCCCUGAUUACUGGAUCAACCGUUCCGUCCAAAGCUCCUCCACGUCCUCGUCUGCUUCCUCCACCCUCUCCCAUGGAGAGCCCAAAACCCAGCCACAGCCCCAGCUACAACCUGCAGCUUCUCUGUUGGCAGAUGUACUGGCCCACACACGGAUAGAAAACAGCGUUCCCCCAGAUGUGACGUCCUCCACUCCCCAGGAGAGAGGGUCAAGGGUGGACCUGCCUCCGGCGGUCAGAGGCAUGAGCCGUGGACAGAGCCGCUCCAGCAUGCUGGAUACUGCCGACGGCGUGCCUGUCAGUAGCAGGGUGUCCACUAAGAUCCAGCAGCUGUUGAACACACUUAAACGGCCGAAGAGACCCCCCCUCAGCGAAUUCUUCCUCGAUGACUCUGAGGAAAUUGUAGAAGUGCCCCAGCCAGACCCCAACACCCCAAAGCCAGAGGGACGUCAGAUCAUCCCAGUGAAGGGGGAGCCCCUCGGCGUGGUCAGUAACUGGCCUCCUGCCCUACAGGCUGCGCUGGCCCGCUGGGGGGCCACCCAGGCCAAGAGCCCUGCCCUCACUGCUCUGGACAUCACCGGCAAACCCCUUUACACACUCACAUACGGAAAACUAUGGAGUCGCAGUCUGAAACUGGCUUACACACUGCUGAAUAAACUGGGCACCAAGACAGACCCUGUCCUACAACCUGGAGAUCGGGUGGCACUGGUGUAUCCAAACAGCGACCCUGGUAUGUUCUGGGUGGCUUUCUAUGGCUGCCUGUUGGCUGAGGUCAUCCCUGUGCCCAUUGAGGUACCACUGUCACGACAGGAUGCAGGCAGCCAGCAGAUUGGCUUCCUAUUGGGCAGCUGUGGUGUUAGUCUGGCACUGACCAGUGAGGUAUGUCUCAAAGGGCUGCCCAAGACACCAAACGGAGAGAUCAUCCAGUUCAAAGGAUGGCCGAGGAUGAAAUGGGUAGUGACAGACACCAAGUAUCUGACCAAACCAUCCAAAGACUGGCAGCCUCACAUCCCCACCGCCAACACAGACACCGCCUACAUAGAGUACAAAGCCAGUAAGGAGGGGACGGUGAUGGGAGUUGCUGUGUCCAAGAUCUCCAUGCUGACCCACUGUCAGGCCCUGACGCAGGCCUGCAACUACUGUGAAGGAGAGACACUGGUCAAUGUGUUGGACUGCAAGAAGGAUAUGGGCUUGUGGCAUGGUGUCUUAACGAGCGUAAUGAACAGAAUCCACACCAUCACAGUGCCGUACGCUGUCAUGAAAGCAUGUCCCAUGUCGUGGGUUCAGAGGGUCCACAUUCACAAAGCACGUGUGGCCUUGGUGAAGUGCCGUGACCUCCACUGGGCCAUGAUGGCCCACAAAGACCAGAAGGACACCAACCUGUCCUCCAUACGUAUGCUCAUCGUGGCUGAUGGAGCAAACCCAUGGUCGGUGUCGUCGUGUGAUGCCUUCCUGAAUGUGUUCCAGUCUCAUGGUCUGAAGCCGGAGGUGAUCUGUCCUUGUGCCACCUCUCCUGAGGCCCUGACUGUGGCCAUACGCAGGCCUGGUGCACGAGGAGCUCCACUACCAGCCAGAGCCAUCCUGUCGAUGGGCGGGCUGAGCCAUGGGGUGAUCAGGGUGAACACAGAGGACAAGAACUCUGCUCUCACGGUUCAGGAUGUGGGCCACAUCAUGCCUGGAGCUCUGAUGUGCAUUGUAAAACCGGAUGGGCCUCCUCAGCUGUGCAAGACAGAUGAAAUAGGAGAGAUUGUGAUCAACUCUCGGGCUGGAGGCACCAUGUACUAUGGCCUGCCUGGUGUCACUAAGAACACAUUUGAGGUGAUCCCUGUCAACCAAGCUGGAGCACCCAUAGGAGAAAUUCCCUUCACUCGGACUGGUCUGCUUGGAUUUGUAGGGCCGGGCAGUCUGGUGUUUGUUGUGGGGAAGAUUGAAGGGCUGCUGAUGGUGAGCGGGCGGCGCCACAACGCUGACGACCUGGUGGCCACCGCGCUGGCAGUGGAGCCUGUCAAAACAGUUUACAGGGGAAGGAUCGCUGUGUUCUCAGUGACGGUGUUUUAUGAUGAGAGGAUAGUGAUUGUGGCAGAGCAGAGGCCUGACGCCAGUGAGGAGGACAGCUUCCAGUGGAUGAGUCGAGUGCUGCAGGCCAUUGACAGUAUCCACCAAGUCGGCCUGUACUGCCUCGCACUCGUCCCGGCCAACACCCUCCCAAAGACGCCCCUCGGAGGCAUCCACAUCUGUGAAACGAAGCAGAACUUCCUGGAGGGAAACCUGCACCCCUGUAAUAUCCUCAUGUGCCCGCACACCUGUGUCACCAACAUGCCCAAGCCACGCCAGAAACAGCCAGUGGAUGUCGGCCCGGCUUCGAUGCUGGUCGGGAACUUGGUGGCAGGGAAGCGGAUUGCCCAGGCUACAGGCAGAGAGCUGGGUGUGGUGGAGGACCAGGACCUGAUCAGAAAGCACCAGUUUCUGUCUGAAGCUCUGCAGUUCAGAGCUCAAACUGACCCGGACCAUGUCCUGUAUGUGCUGCUCAACGCCAAGGGGGUGGCAGUGUGCACAGCCACUUGUGCUCAGCUGCACAAGAGAGCAGAGAAAAUCACAGCGACCCUCAUGGAGAGAGGAGGCCUCAACACAGGAGACAAUGUGGUGCUGCUUUAUCCCCCAGGUGUUGACCUGAUAGCUGCCUUCUACGGCUGUCUCUAUGCGGGGGUCAUCCCUGUGACGGUGAGGCCGCCUCACCCACAGAACCUGGCCGCUACUCUCCCCACUGUCCGCAUGAUCAUCGAUGUGAGCAAAGCAGCCUGCAUCCUCACCACUCAGCCUCUCAUGAGGAUCCUCAGGUCCAGGGAGGCUGCUGCCAGCGUCAACAUCAAGACGUGGCCCACUAUCAUCGACACAGAUGAUCUCCCCAGAAAGCGGCCUCCACACAUUUAUAAACCCCCUACAGCCGAGAUGCUGGCCUACCUGGACUUCAGUGUGUCCACAACAGGCAUGUUGACCGGAGUCAAGAUGUCUCAUGCUGCAGUCAGCACUCUGUGCCGCUCCAUUAAGCUGCAGUGUGAGCUCUACUCCUCACGCCAAAUAGCCAUCUGCCUGGACCCGUACUGUGGCCUGGGCUUCGUCCUGUGGUGCCUCUCCAGUGUUUACUCAGGUCACCAGUCCAUCCUUAUUCCUCCCCUGGAGCUGGAGAGCUCGCUGCCUGUGUGGCUGAGCACACUCAGUCAGUACAAGAUCAGAGACACCUUCUGCUCCUACUCUGUCAUGGAGCUCUGCACCAAAGGCCUGGGCACCCAGACAGAGAUACUGAAGGCGCGGGGUCUGAAUCUGUCGUGCGUGCGGAGCUGUGUGGUGAUAGCAGAGGAGCGUCCUCGCCUCUCUCUCACGCAGUCCUUCUCCAAGCUCUUCAAAGAUCUCGGCCUGUCGCCGCGCGCCGUCAGCACUGCCUUUGGCUCCAGGGUGAACCUGGCCAUCUGCAUGCAGGGCACUUCUGGACCAGAUCCCUCCACCGUCUAUGUUGACAUGAAGUCUCUGCGUCACGACAGGGUGAGGCUGGUGGAACGAGGAGCGCCACAGAGUCUUCCUCUCAUGGAGUCCGGCACUAUCCUACCAGGAGUAAGGGUCAUCAUAGUCAACCCGGAGACCAGAGGCCCGCUGGGAGAUUCACAUCUUGGGGAGAUCUGGGUCAACAGCCCUCACAGUGCCAGUGGCUACUACACCAUCUAUGGGGAGGAGAGCCUGCAGGCGGAUCAUUUCAAUACCAGACUCAGCUUUGGGGAGCCUCACACACUGUGGGCCAGGACGGGCUACCUGGGCUUCAUCAAGAGGACUGAGCUGCUGGAUGCGAGCGGAGAUCGUCAUGAUGCCUUGUUUGUGGUGGGCUCUCUUGAUGAAACGUUGGAGUUAAGGGGGCUACGCUAUCACCCCAUCGACAUCGAGACGUCUGUGUCCCGAGCGCACCGCUGUAUCGCAGAAAGUGCUGUGUUUACAUGGACCAACCUGCUGGUGGUGGUGGCAGAGCUGAGCGGCUCGGAGCAAGAGGCCUUGGACCUGGUGCCCCUCGUCACCAACGUGGUCCUGGAGGAGCACCACCUCAUCGUCGGGGUGGUGGUCAUCGUGGACCCCGGGGUGAUCCCCAUCAACUCCAGAGGAGAGAAGCAGCGGAUGCACCUGCGAGACUCCUUCCUGGCAGACCAACUGGACCCCAUCUACGUGGCCUACAACAUGUGAUUCACCAACUGAUGAAAGUGCAGAAAACUGAGCCAGGCUCUGAGAACAGACGCGAGGGAGAAGAACUUUGGGGUGCGUUCAGUAGCAGCCCCGAUGUUAAACCUCAGACACACAUUCAGAACACCAAACAGUGUGGGAAUGAGUACAGUUCCAGUAACGAGAACGUGCUUCCCUCUCAGAAAACAGUUCCUUCUUUGCUUCCACCUGCUCAACCGCUGCAGUCCAGGCUCACUGAGAUCUACUGAGGGGGAAGGAUAUUCUCUCUCCUCUUGAUAGUAGAUUCCACCUGUCAAAUGGAGGAAACUUUAUCCUCUCCUUGCAUCCCACUUCUCCCUCAUGGCUUUCAAUUCAUGUUUUUUUAAAGACAUUUUUAAUAACAUGCUCUCAUCAAAGACAGAAAUCCUCCCCUCCUUUCACUCCUUGGUUUUUAUCCUGACCCAUUCAUCCUUGUGUGCUUCUUCUUUUUUUUUUUUUUUUAACCCCCUCGCUUCUUGAAGGCAGGAUGGCACACUGGAACUGCUGAGAGGAGCUGGAACUUUCACCCUCAUGCACUUUAAGUCCUCGCACCUCUGAGUCCACUUCCUGUCUCACCUGCCUCAAGGAGACACCCCCUCCAUGUUUGCUGCUUUCACCAGAGCAAAUCCACAUCAGUAUUAAAAAGUGCCACCAGCGAGUGCAGCCCUACGGGGGCGUUCCUGACAAAUUACCUUCCUCUACCAGGUGCACUGUGGCUUUCACCUCCCAUCACAGUCUGGAUUUGCCAGCAGACGUGCUGUUGGCAUUCACGCGUUACAAACUGUCCUAAAAAAAUACACUUGAAUUAUUUGUUGGUGUGGGAAAAGAAAGACUCGCUUCAUAAAUAUACAAACCUGGAUAUUAAAGGUGAUCUUUGAUGGGCAAAUUCGGCCUGUUAGAUAGUUCUUAUGAUUGUGAAGUACUAAUAUGUUUUUUAAAAAGCACCAAUUUUCAGAGGACGAGUUGAAACUAUACCUGGUGUUUAGGUGUGCAUGUUUUUUUAGAAUGCAAUCAGUAUCAACAUGCAGGCCAAAAAAACAAAAACUGUGACAAGCCGUGGAGUCACACAGCAGUGGACUGGUUGGUUAGACAGUCAGCAGUGUAUCGCUCAGUCUUCAUUAGAAGGUGGAGUAUCACGGACUCCAGACAGACUCCAUCUGCUGAGUAAGGUGACCUUGAGUUCAGAUUUUUUUGGUGAAAGACUGGACAGGAUAGUUCACCAGUUUCCUGCUUAGCUUAACUGAAGCGAGCCGCUAGCUUUCAGUCGUGUGUAGUUUCCCACGUUAAAGAAAAAAGCAUUUUUCACUUAAAGGUUCAGUGUGUAUGAUUUAGGAGGAUAUAUCGGCAGAAAUGGAAUCUGAUAUUCAUAACUGUUUUCAUUAGUGUGUAAUCAUAUGAGACUAAGAAUUAUUGUGUCUUUGUUACUUUAGAAUGAGCCGGGAACGGGAUUUGGCCACCACAUUAGGCAGCCAUGUUUCUACAGUAGUCCUUAAGGGACAAACCUGGCUCUGGAGAAGAGGGUCUUUUUCGUUCUUCCAUCACCUGAAAGCCACCAUAGGUGCUCCUCAAGCGGCAACUUUCGAGGCUAGCCAACGUGGAAGUGGCAUAAACUGCAGUUCCCCGACUGGCCACUUGAGGUUGGCUCUAAGAGUGAGUCAGUAAACCCCCAAGUUAAAAUGCCCAACUUUACAGCUGUUACCAGCCUGGUACAAAAAUUGGUUUUAUGUCUACAGCUGAUUCCAACAUGUCUGAAGGCUGAACAGGGGGUGAAUUUGUAUUUAUUGAGGCUUACAGUUAUGCGUAAUUAAGGGUGGGGCCAGACCCACCCCUCGCUGCUCCACAGCUAAACCCUAUCAUCCAAAUAUAGUCACUUCUGGCUCCCAGAAUCCAAGAUGGCAAUGGCCAAAAUGCCAGACUUGAGGCUCCAGGAUGGUAUUCCACAAAUUAAUGGGGGACAUCACGGUGGCUACCUCUGUUAUUUUUAUACCGACUAUGGUUCUCCUGAACGCUUGUAAAGUGCAGCGUGAGCAGAGGAGUAUUAGUUGGUUGCAAUCUGUAACAUAACCGCUAGAUGCCACUAAAUCCUACACGCUGGUCCUUUAACGUUAGCGUCACAGCUGAGUAGAUAAACGUAGAUCUUCAGAAGGCAAGUCAGUGCCUUUUUAUUGCACCAUUGUGACAUUUUUGAUUACGGACUGUUGAAUUUCUAAAAAAAAAUAAGAUAUCAAGACAGAGGACAGAACUUUGCCUUACUAAACCUGUGGAACUUCAGUAAUCUUUAUGUUUAAUCCCUCAUUUCUAGCUGUACUUUAGCGUAUUUAUUUCCACAUUUUUCACGUGGAAUCGGACGCCAGUUUAUAACGCAAAACACACUCAUAUCACAUUUUGUAGAGGAAGGGGGGUGUCUUGGUCUUUUCAUGAAGCCGUUUGCGGUCAUGCCUUUCUCAUUUCAUCAUUACCAUUUAAACCAAUUCUUUCUGAAUGUCUGUAACACUGAAAAAAAAAUUAGGAAAGAGCAACAAUCAGUAAUCAACCCAUGAUUUAAAAAUGCUAAAAAUCCUCCUUUAUAAAAGAAAUGGAGGCAAUAAAUGAGGGUAAGGAUGUUGUGUGUAAACUGUAUUUUAGAGGUCAAAUACUGUAUUACUGGUGUUAAUGUGUACAUGGAUAUGAACUUUGUCGAUAAAAACUUGACUGAUCUUUCAUACUUGACAGCAUUUUUCUGCAUUGUUAAUUUAAUGGUAUCACAUUGCAAAAGAGAAAAAGGUUUCAGAUUAUUUUGGCAGGAACGAUGUGCACUUUCCCAAUAUCAUUUUAUUUGUGUGUGUGUGUGUGUGUGUGUGUGUGCGUGAGGGAGUGAGUGAGUGCGUGUGACCAGUUCAACAGUGAUAUUUGGCUUUUUCUGGUGCAACAAGGUUUGACUUUUGUAAGAAAAUGAUCCCAGAAUAUUGAUUUUUUUUUUAAAUUUGUUUUCUUCUUUAUGUCGCCACCACUGUAUUUUAAUUCUUUCCAUCCAUGAUUGGAAUCAGACAUGUUUUUUUAGGGGUUUCAUCCAUAUUUUCUUCAUAUAAUCAUCCUUUAAAUCUGCACAACUUCUGCAAACAGCUGGUUUUCCUUUAGGAGCAGCUUGACAUACAGCACAACACGUCAAUAAACCACUCUCCGUUCAGUGACGGACACCGAUGACAUGUAUGCGAGCCAGUAUCUGGGGCCGUUAGAGUUACUCAUGAAUAACAAAGUGAAGCUUCUGAGCUGCUGUGUGAUAAUUGCUUUGUUGCUACUGUUUCACUCCGACAAGUUUUAAUAAAGUUUUAUAAUGUCAUGCUGGCCGUCAAGCCUUUUCAAUAGACAUUGGUGCUAUUCAAUAAGGGAAAGUUGACAGACUUUUGUCCUCCAAUGUCGUGACAAAGAAGGUUUCUUCCUGGAUGCCCUUUUUUGUGUGAAAAUAAGUCAUUCUUUUUCCAUGCCAACAUUUCACUCACUGCUCAGUUCUGAAGUUGUUCAUCAUCACCGGAUUUCAUCGGCUCUGAGACCCGAUGAAAACCUUCUCAACAUGGACAAUGCCAAUCGACACAUCCACCAUUUCCAUUUUAAUAUUUAUUUCAGUUUUCAAGUUGUCGUGUUGUGAGGAAUGGCGUGCAUAUCAAACCUCCAAAGUUAUUCUAAGCACAAAAUGUCAAUGUACAUGUGAGGUAAUGAAAUUAGGAUCUUUCACACAAAAACAAAAACAAACUCAAGGGCCCACAAUGUAUACCUCAACGACUGUCUGUUCACUAUGCAUCGUCGAGCUGCAGCAAAGACAUUCUGAACUAGUCAAUGGUGCGAUAACUUCUAACAACAUGUCUUACUUGACAAAAAACACUGUCACACUGUCAUUGGAUGUGUUUCAUGUCAAAUAAAAAAAAAUCCUUUGUCAGAA